CUCCGUUGAACGGUCGUUGACUGAUCCUCGCCAUUCCCGUAUCUUUUAUUCUUCCCCCCAUCACCGCCUUCUGUCCUCUUUCUCCUUUUCCCCCCUCUUUCUCCCUCCAUCACCGCCUUCAUCCUCUUCCAUCACCGCCUUUUCCACUUCAUCAUCACCGCCUUUUCAUUUCAUCACCGCCUCCCGUGCGGUGAAGCCUCAUCGCCUUCCUUUCCCCCCUGCGACGUGCAGACCGCCCUCUACUGCCCCCCCAGUUUUGCCCGCACAUCCAUACGAAAAACAUUCUUGCUCGUUGACGACGACGUGCACCUCGACUUGGGCUGUGCCUGGUUCCUCGGCCUGCCCCUGCCCUCACUUGUCGAGGUCGUCGCCCGCCACGUCGACCUGACGUGUUGUUGUGCUCAGCUGGGUUUCUGCCCUUCCCCUCUGAUUCGUCCAGACCGCGUGCUGCUUUGUGGCCGACGGUCAUCGCGCGUGUUACUUGAUCGCUGACGGGGACUCGAACGUGCCAUCAAGGCAAUUGGAGUCGUCGGUGGACUCUGGUCACUGACGCGUCGGCAAAUCCCGACUCUUCCCCCCACCUACAUACACGCACACUCCCUCACCGGGCCCGACCACCUACGGUCUCCUCUUCAAAAUGGGUCGUAAGCCCAAUCAGCUCAUUCUUGAGUUCUUCAUUCGAGGUCCUAAGCUAGAGGACUCGAGCAACCGCUAUCAGCAUACCUGCAAGGCCUGUGGCGAAAAGUUCCCGAAAGGUCGUAUCGAUAGCCUCACCAACCACCUGGUCAAGAAGUGCCAGGCCAUUCCGCUUCGUGAUCGUCAGCGCGUUCUCCUGCGCCUUCAUGAACUUCCCGACCUGGCCGAAGGUGAUGCCAACAAGGAUCCCAAUGCGCCUGCUGGAAAGAAGGGCGACGGUUCCUUCGGUACUCGCCCCAACUUCGAUGGUCUAAACGUGCUUGCAGAGGCGUCCCGCCAGGUGGGUGCCUCGGAUCAUACAAAACGAGGCCCUGCAUAUACUCAGUCCGUGACGUCCGGUGGAAAGACCGUGGUAGUUGAUCCAGCACUAGAGGCCGAGUUCACCGUUCAGUCCGAUGUCAAAGAUGAAGACGAGAAUGCUCAGGGAAAUGCUCACCCCUCUGGUACUCCUACCAUUCCUGCCCUCCCCAGCCAUACCUCCGACCACCAUACUUCCAUGUCGCCCCCUCUCGGCGACCACUCGAUGACCCCCGAUUCGACCUCCAAUGCGCGCCAGUCACAGCUGUCGAUGAUUGCCGCCUCUGCCAACGAGAUGGUCCCUCAGGGACUGACAAUGGAUGAUGACGGAUUGAAGAUGGGUCAAUGGGGUCAGCAGCUGACGACCCACGAGCAACUCUUGUUCGACAGUCUGCAGGAGCAUGACCCGUCCCUGACUGCUGCCACCCAGCGCGCCGCAUCGUUCCCACGGCCCAUUGCAAUGAACCCCAAUACCCAGGCCAAGGGGUUUGUCAACGAGUUUGGCAACUCUACCAAACCUGCCAAGCCCAAGGUUCGCGGCCGCUUCUCGGAUGAGCGUCGUCGCGAGGUUCAAGAAGUGCGCAAGCGCGGAGCGUGCAUCCGUUGCCGCAUGUUGAAGAAGCCGUGCUCGGGAGAAACUCCCUGCACCACCUGUGCCAGUGUUGAGAGUGCUCGCCUUUGGAAGCACCCGUGUAUCCGAACUCGCCUGUCUGAAGAAUUCGAGCUCUACAAUGCCAAUCUGCACGCAACUCUUGCCUACCACGACACGAACUCCAUUAAGAACCAGGUCAAGUUCGAGCAUUACGCUGGCCGCAUUGAAGUGACUCAUCACGAGGAGAGCUUGGUCUAUGUUACCAUUAGCGGACUCCAGGGCCACCGUGCCUCUGUCUCGGCUCUUGACCCGCAGCUUCAGGGCUUGGGCGACGACCAGUUCUCUGCACCUACCCAGGAAAUCUACCUGCUGGACAGCGAUGCCGAUGAUAUUCCCAGUAAGCUGGAAUUGUACAUCAAGAAGACUGCUACGUUCUUCCUCGAGCGUGAGGAGUCCAACUUUAUGAAGUCCACCUUACUGCUGGCCUCUGAGCUAGCUCAGGCUAAGAAGGAUACCCUCCUUGAACGUGCCGUGGACUUGUGGGUCGCUACUCACAUUUUGGUCGACAAUGAGCUUUCCUGGAAGACCUACUGCAACCCCACGCUUCCUCCCACCUCGAUGCACUCUUUGUCCCAGCCCUCGGACGAGGGUCGCCUUCCAAUUGAGGAAGUAUCGGAUCCCGAGUCGUACGCCCUGCUGUGCAGCCAGCUGCGAGCCGCCAUGGAGAAGCGUGCCAUGCAGCUGAGCAAGUCAGUCAUCAACGACCUUGAGCGCCGUCUGCUCCAGCGCCAGAAGACUGGCUGGUUUGAGACCUUCCUCGUUGCUGUCGUUCUUCUGAACUGCGUCGAGCGUACCUGUUGGCUCUUCCGCUCAUGGGAUAACGAAACAUUUGCUCAGCGGUGGCCCUUGGAUAAGCGCCCGCCCUACUAUUACAGCCAAUCCGAGCGCUUCGCCGACAUCCUGCACAUGCUUCUCCGCAUGCGCAGCCUUCCCCCCAAGUCGGUCGUUCGCCCAGAUAAUGGCACCCUCAAGGCAGUCGACGGCAGCGACGAGUAUGCUAUGCGCUGGUUCGACAUGAUCCAGGUCACCCCUUACUACCUCGAGGAGCGCACCAAUGCCAUUUUCGAUGCCCAAGACUCGCGUUCGCUCGACCUUCGCCACAGCGCUGGUCUGCUCCUGCCGCACAACACCUAAAUUACGAGUCAUGAAUUCAGAUCUCUCGCUGAGCACCCUUAUAGGGUGGGAAAUUUAAUACAUGUCAGAGUCGCAACAACGUCAUCGAUUUUGUAUGAUUUCAAGGGGAUGGAUGAUUCCACUGCUUGAGAAGAAAAUAAUGCAAAAAAGGAACUUCGUGCAUGAAUUCUGAGCGAGGCAGGGGUCAUCAUUUUGUUCUGAUUAUUCUUUCUGCCUUUCAAACGGUGUCUGUGGGAUUCAGAUGGUGUUUUGGUGUUCGGAGGCGAAACUUGCCCGGACUUUCAUGUCGUCUUGCUGUUCAAGAGUAAUUGUUAGGAUUCAAUGUCAAACUAAUUGUCAGAAUAAGUCGUCUUCUUGUUCUUCACGAUCGUAGGUCGUAAGUUUGGAGGUGUGGUAG